UAAUAAAUUACAGUUCAUCAUAACGUAUCGAAACGGGUAGUUCGUUGUCUCAAAGAGAAUCGUAAUCCUUCAAAUUUUUGAUUUCAAUCCUUAAAGAAAUCCUUUAAAAAAUAUUAAAAAUGAAAUUCUUGAUCCUUGCCUGUUUGUUUGCUGCUGCCGUGGCUGCUCCCGGUGGAUUAUAUGGCGGCCAUGGUGGUUAUAUUAGCGCUGGUUAUGCUGCUCCAGCCAUUAGUUAUGCCGCUCCUGCGGUCAGUUAUGCUGCCCCUGCGGUUAGCUAUGCCGCUCCAGCUGUUGUCAAGACAGCGGUGGCUGCCCCAGCCAUCAGUUAUGCUGCUCCUGCCGUCAGUUAUGCUGCACCAACUGUGGUUAAGGCCGUUGCUCCUGCUGCCACCAGUUAUUCGACAUUCAGCACAGUUGUCAGCCAUCCUCCAGCUGUCAAAGCUGUUGCCGUUGCUGCCCCAGCCCCUGUCGUCAAGGUAGCCGCUGCUCCCGCCAUUUCCUACGCUGCCCCAGCCGUCUCCUAUGCCGCUCCUGCCAUUAGCUAUGCAGCUCCUUCCUACUCAUAUGCUGCUCCAGCUGUCUCCUACAAGGCCAUUGCUGCUGCUCCUGCCAUUAGCUAUGCUGCGCCAGCAUUGUCCUAUGGUUAUGGUCACGGCUACGAUUCGCUGAGAGCAUCCAAAAAAGGCCACACUAUAAUGCCAUCUAUCUUUAAAAUUAAAACCAAUCAAAUCCUGAUUUCUUUGAUUGCCGCUGCCGUUGCUGCCCCCGGUGGAUUAUAUGGCGGUCAUGGUGGUUUCUAUGGCGGUGGUAUUAGCUAUGCUGCUGCUCCAGCUGUUAGCUAUGCUGCCGCCCCUGCCAUCAGCUAUGCAGCUGCCCCAGCUGUUAGCUAUGCUGCCGCCCCUGCCAUUAGUUAUGCUGCCCCAGCCGUCCAAGUUGCUGCCGCCCCUGCCAUUAGCUAUGCCGCUCCUGCUGUCCAAGUUGCUGCCGCUCCUGCUGUCCAAGUUGCUGCCGCUCCUGCUGUUGUCAAGGCUGUUGCCGCCCCACAAGCUACCAGUUUUACCACCUUCAGUAGUUUUCAGGUUGUAAAUCAACCAGCCGCCGUUAAAACAAUUGCCGUCGCCGCUCCCGCCCCAGCCAUCUCAUAUGCUGCCCCCGCCGUUAAGGUAGCCGCUGCUCCAGUUGUAGCCGCCGCUCCAGGCAUUUCUUAUGCCGCUCCAGCCGUCUCCUAUGCUGCCCCUGCCAUCUCCUAUGCUCCCUCCAUCUCGUAUGCCGCCCCAGCUGUCUCCUAUGCUGCCCCUGCAGUUUCCUACAAAGCCGUUGCCGCUGCCCCCGCCAUUAGCUAUGCUGCCGCCGCUCCAGCCAUAUCUUUGGGCUAUGGUUAUGGAGGUGGUUAUGGCUACGGUCAUGGACACCACUAAACAUUUCAUAUUUCACGGAACAAAGCAAUUGUGAAAUCAUUCCAAAAACAAAACCGCCGCAUUGUAACCUACGAAUUUCUGAAGACCAUAUAAUUUCAUUUAAUUUUAAGUUUGAACAAAAAGAAAAAAACGCCAACUGCGAGAAGCAAAGCACUUUGACAGAAAGAA